AUGCAAGUAGGAAUCACUUUAUUUUCAUUUGCAGGUAUACCUCCUUUAAUAGGAUUUUUUGGUAAACAGAUGAUAUUAAGUGCAGCAGUGGAUAGCGGUUAUAUUUUUAUGGCAUUAGUUGCUAUAUUAACUAGUGUUAUAAGUGCUGUAUAUUACUUGGCUAUCAUAAAACAAAUUUUCUUCGACAAACCAGACUACAGUUUAAACAAAGAGCUGAAAGAUUUUAAUGCAGAUGGUUUAAUAACUGAAAAAAACACGGCCGUUGAAAAAGUUAGUAUACAAAUGAGUAAUAUUGUUAUAUCAAGCUCCUUAAGUUUAUCCAUUUCAGUUAUAACUACAACUUUUUUUAUCAUAUUUAUCCCUAUCUUGUCUAUAUUGUUAUUAGCUAUAAAUUUACUACUAGCACCGCACAAUCCCUAUCAAGAAAAGGAUAGUGUGUUUGAAUGCGGUUUCCAUUCAUUUUUAGGGCAAAAUAGAACACAAUUUUCAGUAUCCUUUUUUAUAUUUGGUCUUUUAUUUCUGCUUUUUGAUCUAGAAAUACUGCUGGUAUACCCGUACAGUGUUAGUAGUUAUACUAAUGAUAUAUAUGGUCUAGUUAUUAUGAUGUAG